UUUCAAGCCAGUAGUACACUUGUCCAAAAGUGUCUUUCUACCCAAUCAAACUUGAAGUGUGUGUUUCCUAUUUUGAUCGUCUGACUGACAAAUACUGCUAUUGGCAACAAAACAGAGCUGUAAUAAUUAGUCUUCUAAUAGGCUAAAGAAAUGUCGCAAAUUCUGCGAGAGCCAUUAAGAUCAAGGCGACAGAGAAAUGCAAAAUUCAAAACUAGAUUAUCCCUGAACAAUGACAAAACAUUUCAAGCAGUCAACGCAGCUGCUGUGGAGGGCCGCAUGACAGGAGAAAGAGUCUCAACUAAUGUUGACAAAGAAAUUGUGAUCGUUGCAAAUAACGCCAGAGACACCGACAGGUUCUCAUCGAAGGUCACGGCAGGCGGCCAACACCACCUUAAAGAACAACAAACUAAGGCGAAGGCUUUCAGAACUCUGGAUCUAAAUCCUUUGGGAAACUUUGAUGAUGGUCCCGGAGCAACGGAAAUUCCCAAACCUAAGCCUCUUCUAGAAGUCAACCGGCCACUAAUUUUGUCUACAGGCUCACCCAUCUCUCAACCUAAUAUGAAGAACAGAUCCAGAGACCAAGACCUUCAAGCACAAGGAUUGGAUCUGAGAAGACAUUUUAUGGACUCUGACAAAAAUGUCACCCAAAUGUCAAGAAAAAUAGAUACUAGAAACAUGAAUUCUAAAUUUGAACACAAUUUUAAGACUUCGCAUAAAUAUGUUGAAAACCUGAUGCCAGGGUAUUUCCAGAAAUCCCCGUUACUCAAGUCUCCUGAGAGGUCACAAAGAAUAAGUAGACGGCAUUCUAAUCAGACAGAGCGAAAUUCUAACAGCAACCAAACACGGGUUCCAAUGUCGAAAACAGACUUAAAGCAAUCUCCAUUAAAACAUCAGAAACAAGACUUUCAUCUGAAAACUAACUCGGGCAAAGACAUUCUUAUUGACCAUUCACCAGAGAGUGCUAAAAGGGAUGCAGAUAUAAAUCAGGUUCAGACAGCUCAAGCUACCUCGAAAGACUUGAACCAAAAUGAUCUUUCUCCAACAGUUAUAUCAAGUUUGGAAAAACCGAACAAGGAAUGCACUUCUUUAAACGAUCAGAUUUUAAGUUCAAAGGUCGAAGGUCAAACAUGUGAAGAGUCAAGUUUGAGCAUUGAAGUAUCAGGUGCUGUAGGUACUUUAUCUCCGGGGGAGGAUAACACAAGUCUAAACUGUGAUGUAAUUGCCAGCAAUAGGCAUACUAUCGACACGACUGAUAGUCUAAAUAGAAGCACUCCAGUGCACGAUUGUGCACCCGACUCGCAGGAUCAGCUAGAAAACAUUACUGAUCAAUCUCAAAACAAGUCUCCUUUGAAUAGCAUUACUGAGCAGAAUGGUUGCACUAAGGAAAUCCCACAAUCCAAUUCACCCAACGUUAUCGAGGAAUCUUCAAGGGUGAUGCCUAGUGAAUCAACGCAUUCAUCAGACUCUUUAUCCGCCAUCAAUUCUGAAAUACAAGAAGAAAUGGAAAGAGCACAGAAUAUGUCGUUACCGAUGAACCUAAAACCAAAGAAUAUUUCCACAAUAGCCUCCAACCUUAAUCCUUCAGCGGGGGAGUUUUCACCUAAGUUGAAAGAUGGUUUUGGUAAUAGUUUCUUCAUGUCAAGUAGCCGAGGCGUUAUGUACUUUCGUCCGGAAACGUCCGCAAUGGCUAAAAGCAAUGUAUCGGAUAGGACCUUACUAAGUGCCGCCUCGAGAAAUGAAUAUUUAGUUGAAGUUAAGAAUGUGAGUGAAUCGAGCUCCCUUAGAGACACUGUUGUAUCAGAGCCUCGUUUGAGACUCGAACCUAACAGUAUGAUUGAGAGCACUAUGCAGCACACAUUUACACCAUCUAAUCUUAGCACAUCUGACUAUGCUAACCAGCACUCUCAAUAUGGAAACGUUUACAAUAAUGAAUCGUGUUCAGAGUUUUCAGAGAUGCCAACUCAGAGCAUAGUUGUUGAUGCUGGACAAUCAUUUUUCAACGCUGCUAGUUUAGCCCCAUACCCGGAGUGUGUCAAGUUUUCACAUUUACAGAAAAGCAGUUCAGUAGAUUCAUCAUUUUAUGCCUUCACACCCGAACAAUUCCAUAACACUAUGUGGCAUUCCGUUCACGAGCAGACUCCAUUGGUUCCACAGUUUGGUCAAGUCUUUAGUGUAACAGAUACUACCAGCUGUAAUAUGCCCAUGACAGCUGAUCCUACGCUGCAAUCCUUAGUGCAGCCUGCGCAAGUUAAAAUAGUUCCUGCAGCAAGCACUGCAUUUUCUCCGACAGGAAUGCUAUUAAAUGAUCCCGAAACGUAUUCAACAGGAUUCGGGCCCCAAGCUCAUGUCCUGUACGUGGGGCCGUCUUCACAAUUGAACAUGCAGACGCCAACAUUGCCAACAAUGAGUACAUCCCAAAUUGGUAUGUGGUCUUCUGCACAUCUUCAGGCCAUACCAACAGAUCAAACACCGCAGUUAAACCACAAUGCACACUUGUUUGUGCCCCAGCCAUCACAAGCCACGUCUGGUUUGCAUAGUACUAAUACAGGUGUUGAUGUUCUGGACUGCAAUUCGAAGGGAGUGAAUCCACAUUUCGAGCCACACAGAUUUGCUUCUGAUAAUUUUCACAAUGAAAUUAAAUCCCAGGCAGCCCAAUCCGUACCAAACUUUCAAUCUUAUGGGCGUCAUAAUGCCCUGCCUUAUCUCACUGCUGACUCAUCUUACUUUCGAAACCACGGACACACGCCAAGAGACACGAGAGAAUGUUUCUUAUUCCCCGACAACAACCGAAGUCGGUCUCAAGGAGAGCCACGAACGGAUCCAGCAACGAAUGCCAUGCUGCGCAUGACAGCAGAUAAGCUCGUUCGCUUCCUGCGGACCAGCAGCGUGGACAAACUUUGGUCCAAUAAUGUUGCGCUGACAGAUCAAGACAAGUCAGAUAUUCGUACCAUCCAAACGCUGCUGGGUUUUCUGGACAACCUGGACAGAGACGUCCCCAACAUGACAGACACCGACCUGAGAGAGCUGCUCUUCAUAAACCUUGAAGCACUGCAUCUGUUUCAAAGGCGAUCUAAUUUCGCGCCCAUCCCCAAUCAAAUACAGGCUUACGAUUCGUCUGCCGCGCCAUAUCGCAUUGCGUCAAAUCUGAUCAAUGAGAACACUGGCAGAGAUUUUCCCCAUGAUUCAAUACCACUCACCUAUACGGAAACACAAGAGGGUUUCCAUAACAGCCCAAGGAAUCCAAUAACUAUCUUGAACGGGAAAAGAAUGUCUACCCACAGCGCUCGAGGGUUCAGACGCCAACACCCGGGACGCUUCGACAGAUCCAGAAGCUACUCCACAUAUUCAGGCAGCCAGAGGUCUGCCCGUCACGAAAGACCAUUCCGUAGAAGUUUCAUGUAAAUUUGUAAAUUAACAUUUUUAAACACGAGAAUGUUUUUAUUGUAUUAUACACUUAGUCACUCAAUGUAAAUAUUUGUUUUUAUAAAAUUUUAAUGUAUUUAUUUUUAGAAUCAUCAUGGCGCUUUAAACCGUUUUUAAAAUGUUUUUGUUUGUAAUUUGUGUCAAUAAAUUCGUUU